CGUCAUUCUGGCAUUACAUACAAUGCAAUUCAAAUGGCUGUGCAUUCAUUCAACUGAAUCACAAUCACAGGUAUAGUCAUAAUAAGGUGUGAAUCCAUCCUAAAGUGUAGUGCAAUUGAAUUAAGCGAUUGUCUCGAGAGACUCAUGCGGUGUCUGAGCACUGGAUUCAAUGGUAUCUGUAUGUCUUGUACACCCAAUUGGAGUAUUAAAAUGAGUUAAACAUCUUCUUCCACACCAUUAUCUCUCUCGUACUCCACUUCUUUGGCGCUUCUCAUCACUCAAAGUGUUUGAUUUGACGACAAAUGAGUUAAACGCGUGUUUUUGACCCAAAUUGUCGUAACAGUUGUCUGUCUUUCAAAUAUUGUCACAAUUAUUAUCACCAAAAGUUACGCCAAAAACUUCUCAUUCACCACAAGAAUGACUGAUUUUAUGCGCAAAUUUGUGCUCAAAGUGGACGUGACGUCCGUCCGAGCGGUCACUUAUGCGGCGAUCUUCACGUUCCUGACGGCCAUCUUCACGAUCAUCGCCUUCUCGACACCCAAUUGGUUGGUCGCAGACAAUCGGCAGCCCAUCAAGAGGUUCGAGAAGUUGGGUCUGUGGGAGGCCUGCUUUUACACCUUCCGGGACGUCAACUAUCUCUACGACCGCGAGUUUCGCGGCUGUAAAUGGCUUUUCGAUGAGGACUACGCCUUCCUAUUGGACUUCUUGGAGCCCCAGCGUAUACGUAUGUCGGACGCGAGGGUCGUAGCCCUGGUCGUCACUGCCAUUUGCUCCAUAUCCACGUUCAUUGCGUUCGUGACCCCCAACUGGUUGGCCUCCGACCGACGCCUCUACGGCGCAAACUUCGUUAAGUUAGGUCUUUGGGAGACGUGUUUCAGGAGUUAUCACAAUCCAUACGAUUAUGAUCUGACAAAGUAUUACUCCGGCUGUCGCUGGAUAUUCGCCGAUGAAUACUAUAAUAUUAGACACCUAUUGAUGCCAUCGUUCUUCAUCGCCACUCAAGUGUUAUACACAAUAGGAUUCAUAUUCUUGUUGGUCGCCUGUAUCGGAGUUCUGGCCAUUCAGUUAUGUUUCGUCAUCGAGAGGGAGAUAUUUGCGAUGAAAGUGCUGUCAAUCACAAUGUUUUUGGCCGCCCUCUUCACGACAAUCGCAGUCAUUAUAUUUGGUAUCCGAGGGGACGACAGGGACUGGAUGCCAGACCACGAUCACAACUUCCUCUCGUGGUCGUACGGGCUGGCAGUGGUCGGCGUGUUCUUCGAGUGGAUGUCAGCCAUACUAUUCUGGGCCGAGAGUCGCAUAUUGUAUAAGAAAGAGUUGAAACGCGAGCAACAAAUGUUUAAUUUAGAGCCAACUAAUAUCAAGGCAUAAUCACGAGGAACGGGAGGAACAGCACCUUUUUGGAUGUGUCCGCGAAGUGCAAACCCAAGAGCUCUGUAUUUGUUUUAUAAAUCAUAAUCUGUUAAUCAAAAGCAUUCCGUCCUUCGCAUCGAAUAAUACCUUAAAAAUCAUUUAUCGUUUUACAAGAAGUCAUUGGAUUUGAAACAACUUCUGAUAUUUUAUACCAUUUUUGCACUUUUUAUAUAAUUUAAACGUC